AUCUUGAAGUGCGGUUCACAUCGAGAGUUUUAGCACUCGGUGGUCAGUCCCAUAACAAAUCACUCUCUCUUUCCUCUCAUAACUACUCACGCAGAACAGAACACGAGCCCGAGUGUAUCAGUGGACCGUCAGACCAGAAAUGACUUCAGCAAUCAAAGAAGAUAAGCAAAGUCUCUCUCUCUCUCUCUGAGUUGUGAAUAUAAGCAAUUUGCAGGUUCUGUAGCUAAAAGAGUUGCUGUUGUUGGUGCUGGUGUAAGCAUACAAGUUGAAAUUACAUGGUCUGAAUGUCACAAUAUUUGAAGCUGAAGGGAGAACCGGAGGGAAGUUGAGAAGCAUUUCACAAGAUGGCCUAAUAUGGGAUGAGGGGGCGAAUACGAUGACAGAGAGUGAACCAGAGGUCAAAUGUUUGCUAGAUGAACUUGGGCUUCGAGAAAAACAACAAUUCCCAAUUUCACAGAACAAGCGGUAUAUUGCAAGAAAUGGGAAACCUGUAAUGAUACCCUCAAAUCCCAUUGCACUGAUCAAAAGCAAUUUUCUUUCUACACAAUCAAAGUUUCAAAUACUUUUGGAGCCAUUUUUUUGGAAGAAAAGUGACUUCUCCAAGGUGUCUGAUCCUCAAGAAAGUGUAGCUGGAUUUUUUCAGCGUCAUUUUGGGAAAGAGGUUGUUGAAUAUCUAAUUGACCCUUUUGUCGCGGGUACAAGUGCUGGAGAUCCUGAGUCACUUUCAAUGUGCCAUGCAUUUCCAGAUUUGUGGAAUCUAGAGAAAAGGUUCGGUUCAAUAAUAUCUGGGGCAUUUCAAUCGAAGUUAACUGCCAAAAGGGAGAAAAGUGGAGGAAAGAAGGAUUCAACAAAUAAGAAGCAACAGCGUGGUUCUUUUUCAUUUUUGGGUGGAAUGCAGACACUUACUGACACUUUAUCCAAAGAACUUGGCAAGGAUGCACUUAAACUUCAAUCGAAGGUUCUCGAGUUAUCUUGGAGCUGCAAUGAGAACUCUCCAACGGAUAAUUGGUCAAUUGCCUAUGCUUCAAAUCAUACCAAUAACUCAGAAGAGCAAUCUUUUGAUGCUGUAGUCAUGACGGCUCCACUCAAUGAUGUAAGAGAAUUGAAGAUCACAAAAAGAGGAAAUCCAUUUCCGCUGGAAUUUCUCCCUGAGGUGAGUUAUCUGCCAGUAUCUGUUAUAAUCACCACAUUCAAGAAGGUGAAUGUCAAGCAACCUCUUGAGGGAUUUGGAGUUCUUAUACCUUCCAAAGAGCAGCAAAAUGGUUUGAAGACUCUGGAUUUUCUGUGAUGCAGGAACUCUCUUCUCUUCUAUGAUGUUUCCAGAUCGUGCACCCAGUGAUGUAUACCUUUAUACCACCUUUGUUGGUGGAAGUCGGAACAGAGAAUUGGCAAAGGCUUCAAAGUAUAAACAUCCUCAAUUCUUGUGCUUUUGUUGAUUGUCUUGUAUAUUUACUUUUUCCCAUCUUUUUUGCAUUUAUUAAUUACACUGUUAAUGUGUGAGUUUGUUACUUCUUGUGUCUUUUUCAUUUCAUUGUGGUUAUAGGGAUGACUUGAAACAGAUAGUAACUUCUGACCUUAGACAGUUGUUGGGUGCAGAGGGAGAGCCGACAUUUGUGAAUCACUUCUACUGGAGUAAAGCAUUUCCCCUCUAUGGGCGUAACUAUGAUUCGGUUAUAAAGGCAAUUGAGAAAAUGCAAGAAAACCUUCCAGGAUUCUUCUAUGCAGGUAACCAUAAGGGAGGACUGUCUGUUGGCAAAGCAAUAACUUCUGGGUGCAAAGCAGCUGAUCUUGUAAUCUCAUAUUUGGAUUCUUCUUCAGAUAACAAGUUGCUCUAGAAAACCUGUCCCUGAAGAUUUGGCAAGGUAUGAUUAUUGUUUGGUGUUUAGGCUGUUUUACUUUCUGUUUCCUGUUUUCUUUUGCAGUCUUCUCCUUCUUUUUUUUUUUUGAAGCCUAUAAGAUUGGUUGUUAUUACUUCUACUUUCAAGGUUUCUCCUAAUAUGAGCUGAAACAAAAUGCGAGUUGGUGGUCAUUCCUCAUACAUUUGUUGGUGGUCAUUCCUCAUACUUUGGGAUAAAAAGUAGCUUGCCUCCAGAGGUGAAGCGAGAUUGACAUUCAAGGGCUUGACUUGAGUACCGGCUAGUAUUAUUUUGACUUGACCUGGUGUCAGAAAUACUUAUUCUUUUCUUGUUUCGAAAUUAACUGUGAUCUGUGCCAAAAUAAUACUUUUCCAUUGGACCCGAAGGCAAAAAAAAAAAUUUAUAAAAUCUCAUAUUAUG